AUGUUCUGCAAGGAAAAAUAUUUAGAAAACUAUAAGAAGAAGAAAAAUCGACUAAGGGAAGUCACCCGAAGAUGCCUCAACCUAAUAGACUCCAACUACCAACACUUAACAUCUUUAAUAAGGAAAAACAACACAGGUAAUCUUCUGACAAGCUAUCAAUUUAGUGACGAUGAAAUAAAAUUCGAUUCUGAUGAAAAUAUACAGAGUAGCGAUAUUUACUUCCCAGAAAGCACGUACACAAAUAAUGACUUUAAAAAUUUGCUAGGAUGGGUACCCAGAAAUUUAGUAGUGACAGAACCGGUUACAACGGACUCCAUUCCGUGUGCAUUUUUCUUUUCAAAAAAUGAUGAUAAAAUAUCAACAGAAAAUAAAAUAAUUUUAUACCUGCAUAAGUUUAAUGAGGAUUUAGGUACGAUAAUCCCAACGGUGAAUGCCCUACAUCAAAAAUUAAAAAUGAAUAUUAUCGCAAUGGAGUAUUCAGGAUAUGGGGUCAGUUUCGACACGUAUGAACAGAAGCUUGUUUCAAUUGUGAACGACUCAUUUACUCUUUUAAAAUUCAUUAUUAACUUUUUGAAAAUUCCGUGUAGAAAUAUAUACAUUUUGUGUUAUGACUUUUUGGCUAGCUGCGCUAUAGAGGUGGUAAAUCGAUAUGAAGACACAUAUGGAAAAAUGGACUCCCUAGGGGGGCUGGUCCUUAUUAAACCCCAGCUGCUGCAUGUCGUUAGCCAUGAUUCAGUCACUUCACCGUGUGAACAAGAUGAUAACAUUGUGUUAGAGGGUGAACAUUCCAUCGGAGUUGUUGGAAGGAUAAAAUCUUUUCCUGGUAACUGUACAGAUAACACUUUAGAUGAGGCUGCACCAGUUGGGGGGGAUGAUUCACAUUUUGAGGAUGUCCCCUUAAGUGACGGAGAGGCGAAAAAAGAAAGCUACUACGCGGUUUCCAACAAAUCGAAGCAGAAAAAUUGCACAGUGAUGACUCCGAAUGAAUUGUACCACUCUCCCGAAUUUAAAAAAGACGAAGAAGAAACUAACAACGUUACCAGGAACAGUGUGAAGAAAAACAACUCCUCCAAAAAAGGUUUCCUUACUAUUCGAAGCAACGUGUGCAAUCGAACGUGGAAAGGCUCUUCCGUAGGUACGAACUCCUACCAGUUCGCAAAUGGAAUAAUUACUUGUGACAUGUCUUUAUUUUACAGUCAUAGUGAACCAUCACCCCCAGGAAAAGGAAAUAACAAUAUAUCCAACUCUCUAAUGAAGAGAAUAUUAAAAGACACAUUUGAUAUAGAGCAUUCCAUAAAUUCAAUAAAAUCAAUUUCUUGUCCCAUUUUAAUUUUCCACGCUGAGAAUUAUUCUUAUAAAAAUUCGAGUUCAUAUAUUCUGCUGGACAGUGCAGAAGAAUCGCACAAAAAAGCAGCUUUUUCAUUUGAUUUCAUGAACGAAGAUUUUGUCAUGGCCUUUAAGUGGUUCUUCUCAGAGACAAUCAAUUCACAGAGGCAAGAAAAGCUACUUAAAAAUUUGCUUUAUUCAUAUGAACACCCGUCAUAUGAUAUGAAGGACAAUGUUGGUACAAGUGUCGGAGUGGAGAAGCAACGAAAUUCUCAGAUUGAUAACGAGCAUAGGGAAAACACACAUAGCGAUUUGGAUGAAAUGUGUAGCGGUAGUUUUGAUUCAACAUGUGGCGAAAUGGCUGAUAAGAACUUUAACGUACCUCUUAACAGUAGUGUAAGAAAUAGUUUCAUCCUCCAGAAGGGCAACUUGAAUGAUGCCCUAAGCGACAGUGAAGACUCUCCUAAAUGUGAUACUCCUAGUUGUAGCCCUUCCAACAGUAGGAGUACCAUUAACUUACCUGGGGAAAUUUUCAUAUGCCCAGAAAUGGUGCAGGAAGAAAUCCACUGCAAAGAGGCUGCUGAUGUGGGGUGUUAA